GCUGAGGUCUGAGGUCAGCUAAGGCUUGUGGGAGGGUGUCCGAGGCUUGAGGAGCUGGACUCUAGGGGCAGAUGGGGGCAGGGCAGGGCUAUAGGGAAAGGGGGGCGGUCCUUGUGCUCAGCUAAGAGCUGGGGGAGUGGCUGGGAGACCUCUCCAUGAAGCUGGAGGCGGGAGCCACAGGGUGGGGUUGAAGCGCCAACAGGAGGGGCUCUGGGAUUCCCCCUGGGAAGGCUCUCUGGGAUACCUCCACCUCCCCAAGGGGAGGCCUGGGUGUCCCCUAACGCUGCUGCUGCCAGGCUCCAUGGGCCCCUGUGCCCCUGGGCUCCGCCCAUCUGGCUCCCUCUUGGCUCUGGCGUGUCACAGUGUGGACCAGGCCUCGGUCGUGGGGACCCAGCUGCUGCCCCCAAAGUGCCAGGAAAGGCUUGGAGCCGUGGGGCCUGCCUGACUAGAGCCAAGGAGGAAGUUAGGGAGCAGGGGCCCGCCCUGGGAACCCGGCAAGUCCUGGCCGCCCAGCCUCUGUGCAGCAGGCUUGUCAGGUCUCCACCCACUUCCGCUCCAGGAGAGAGGGUCGAGGCUCUCCGGGACACGGGGGCCAAGGCCUCGGCCUCUUGUCCAGGUGGUGGGCAGCUCGAGGAACCAGCAAGGGCGCGGGGAAACGCUGACUGUCCAGGGGACGGCCCCGGGGCUCUCCCGCCUGCCCAGGUGUUUGGCAGGACCAGCUCUUCUGGCUCCCCCAGCCCGGGCUGGGCAGUGGCCACUGUGUUGCUGGGUGAGGGUGACAGUGGGGAUUUGGGACAAAGGCUCAGUCAGGCCUCCCGGGGAGAGGGGGGCUUGGAGAGAGAUACACACACCCCUGCCAGCACACACACAACAGAACACGCCCAGGUCCAAGGCACCCUCAUGUCACCACUUCUGAGCUUUGCACUCUGGUGCCAGGACCCAGCCCCUCCCCCAGUGACCCAUCCAGUGACGUUAGUCACCUGUGAGGGCACCAGAGGCACCAGGCAGCUCCUCUUCUGCUGGCCCACCCCCAGGGCUGCUCUGAGUUCAGAGGGGGCGGCAACUCUCCGACCGUCCCCUUCCCGGAGGUCCGGUCGGGUGGGAACACAGAGAGGACAGCCCAGCCCCAGCCCCAGGCCCAGCGUGGGACUCGACUGCCUUUCAGGGCUAAGUCAGGCGAGGUCUUGGCUCAGGGCUGGGCCAGACCCUCAGAGCUGUGCACACUUGCCAGGAUUCCCUGCCCAGUGGGGUUGGAGGUCAGGUCAAGGGCUCGCCUCCCUGCCACCACCCCCUUAUACUCCCUGCCCUGGCAGAUCCUCUGACCCCCAGGGACCUUGCUUGGCCCUUUCCUAGGGCCUGGUGGGCAGAACCGGACCCCAGACACUCAGGCUGCAGGCAGCCUGGGCAGGAGGGCCCUCCCAAAGCCCCUGGCGGGUACCACACCUGGAGACACCUCUGUAUGGCUCACCACCUCCAACCCCCCCACACACACACACGCGAGCGCGCCACCACGCCUGUCCCUGGUCCCGCCUGCCUGGGCCCUGCUUCUAGGUCAGGCCUGGGCACGACUUCCUGGGAGGACCAGUGACAGGUGCUACAAGCUCGGCGUGUGCCGCGGCCAUGGCUGGGGGCGUGUGGGGCCCGGCCCGCGGGGCCCCUAUGGGGGCCCUGACCCUGACAGCCCUGGCCGAAGCGAUCCGGGCCAGCCGGGGGCAGCCCAUGGGACCCCCUGCCCCAGGCCCUCAGCCCCAGCCUGAGCUUGAACCUGCAGUGGAGGAGCCUGGGAGGGCAGCCACCACCCCCACGGCUGGCGGUGAGCCCCCUUCCCCGCCCCCUCCCCAGGAGCCAGCCCCUGAGGGGCCCCAGCAGACUCCCCGGAGCUCCUGGGAGGAGGGGGCCCUAGCAGACCUGGCCGUGUACACCGCCACCUGCCUGGAAGAGGCUGGCUUUGUGGGAACCCAGGCGACAGCGCUCACCCUGUCCUCAGCCCUGGAGGCGCAGGGGCGCAGGCUGGAGGACCAGGUGCAUGGGCUCGUGCGGGGGCUGCUGGCUCAGGUGCCCCAUCUGGCGGAGGGGCGGCCCCGGCGGGCGGCGCUGCGGGUGCUGAGCUCCCUGGCUCUGGAGCACUCCCGGGACGUGGUGUUCGCACUGUUGCGCUGCUCACCGGCCCCGGACCGGGUGGCCGCUGAGCUCUGGCGCAGCCUGAGCCGGAACCAGCGUGUGAACGGACAGGUGCUGGUGCAGCUGCUCUGGGCGCUAAAGGGCUCAGCCGGAUCCCAGCUGGAGGCGCUGGCGGCCACUCUCGCGCUUGGGGAGAUGCUGUCUGUGUCCGGCUGCGUGGGUGCCACCCGAGGCUUCUACCCGCACCUUCUCCUGGUGCUGGUCACUCAGCUCCACGAGCUGGCACGGAACACACACUCCCCUGACACACCCAAGGUGUGGGUCCCAUCUCACCGAGGGCCACCGCACAGUCAUGCCAGCUGCACCGUGGAGGCCUUGAAGGCUCUGCUCACUGGGGACGGAGGCCGCAUGGUGGUAACGUGCAUGGAGCAGGCUGGAGGCUGGAGGAGACUGGUGGGAGCUGGCACCCACCUGGAGGGUGUCCUGCUGCUGGCCAGUGCCCUGGUGGCCCAUGCCGACCACCACCUACGAGGCCUGUUCGCUGACUUGCUGCCGCGGCUGCGCAGCACAGACGACGCACAGCGCCUGACGGCCAUGGCCUUCUUCACCGGGCUGUUGCAGAGCCGGCCCACCGCGCGGCUCCUGCGGGAGGAGGUGAUCCUGGAGCGGCUCCGCGCCUGGCAGGGCGACCCUGAGCCCACCGUGCGUUGGCUGGGCCUGCUGGGCCUCGGCCACCUGGCGCUGAACCGCGGGAAGGUGCGCCACGCGACCACGCUGCUGCCCGCGCUCCUGGGCGCGCUGGGCGAGGGUGACCCGCGGCUCGUGGACGCCGCGCUGGGGUCGCUGCGGAGGGUCCUGUUGCAGCCGCGGGCACCGGUGCGGCUCCUGAGCGCGGAGCUGCGGCCACGCCUCCCACCACUCCUGGACGACACCCGGGACUCGGUCCGCGCCUCCGCAGUCGGGCUGCUCGGGAUGCUGGUGCGGCGCGGCCGGGGCGGGCUCCGGGUGGGGCUCCGCCGCCCCCUGCGGAAGCUGGUGCUGCAGAGUCUCGUUCCGCUGCUGUUGCGCCUGCACGACCCCAGCCCAGACACCGCUGAGAGCUCAGAAUGGACCCUGGCCCGCUGUGACCAGGCCCUGCACUGGGGCCUGCUGGAGGAGAUGGUCACGGUGGCCCACUACGACAGCCCUGAGGCCCUAAGCCGCAUCUGCCACCGCCUGGUCCAGUGGUACCCGAGUCACGUGCCCAGCUUUCUGAGCCAGACCCAGGGCUACCUGCGGAGCCCUCAGGGCCCCCUGCGCCGGGCGGCCACCCUGCUCACAGGCUUCCUGGUUCAUCACUCCAGCCCCAGCCACGUCAACCAGGACCUGCUGGACUCUCUGUUCCAGGACUUGGGGCGGCUGCAGAGCGACCCUGAGCCCGCUGUGGCGGCGGCAGCACGCGUGUCUGGCCAGCAGGUGGCGCUGCUGGCCCACGCCCAGCCCCAGCCCUGCGGCUGGAGCCUCCGGGUCCUCCGGCACCUCCCCUGCCCCGGCCGGCCCCGCCCCACGCCGAUCCGGCCCCCACCCGUCUACGCCGACAGCCCGUUCCAGCACCGCAGCCACCGCGGCCGCUGGGGCUGCUCAGGUCCCGGCUGAGCUGACCGGCCGGCCCUCCAAUGGGGGCCACGGUGCUGACUCGGGCUCCCUGCUCUGUGGCCUGUCUUGGCUGGGAGGCAGAUCUGCAGAAGAGGUCCGCCUUGAGGGGCACCCUAGGCGUAGUGCUGGGCACCAGUGCCUGUCCCCUACCCCAGCGGGGCUCUGCAAGGUCUGCUGCACACAAAGACCCCCCCACCCCGAGAGCCCUGUGACUAGAUGGACCACGAGUUUCUGACGCAGCACCUUCUCCCUCAGCUUCAUGCCUCGUCCACCUGUCGAUGCGUCUGUCCCCCAGCAGGCCUGUGCCUCUCCCAGCCCCCUGGCAUGUGCCCUGCCUGGAUGGCGCCUGGCCUUUUGGGCCCAGGCCGGGUGGGGACACGGAAGUGGGUGCUGCCCUGGGAGCCAUCCCCGUGAAAGGCUGCCUCUGCUGGCCACUUGCUGGCUGGGAGGUUCUGAGGUUUCUGGCCACACCCUCACUGCUCAAGAAGCAUCCGUCUGUCCGCCUGUCCACACUCACUGCCCAGCAGCCUGGCCCCGUUCCUGCCCCUCCCCUCUAGCUCACCGUCUCAGACCCCUGGGGUCUUCUCUGGAGGCGGCCCCCGACUUCCCACUGGACACCACAGGUCUGAGAUGAUACCUGCGGGCUCAGGUGUGGGGUGCCAGCAUCUGCCCCUCACCAGGCUGAGCUGUUGCACCCGCAUCCCAGCACCUGCUCAGGGCCGGGUGAGGGAACAGGUCCCUCAGGACUGCUCCAAAGCAGUGACCCAGGCUCUCCAGAUCCGGGACGAGUGGCUUCUGCCACCUGGAAUGCCCACCUUGAGGUGUCCUCUUGCCCUUUCUGGGCCCCCAAAGCUGCCUUCUCAGAGAAGGAGACCUCCACUCACACAGCCUCUUGGAGGCUGGGGUCCUGCCCACCCCAAUGGAAAGCAUUUGAAAUAAAGAUAGCCGGACA